AUGUCGCCGUCGCACAACGAAUCCAAGUUCAACAUCCUGCCGCAUCCUGCCAGGACGAACGACCCCCGCGACCUUGAGCCGCCGCAGCUCGGUGCGGGCCUGAACAGCAACCCGGAGCAGCAGGCGUUCCACGCGCGCGGCCCGUACAAGCCUAGCCAGCAGGUGUUGCAGGGCGUUGAGCAGCCUAGGAGCCGCGAAGAGUUGAAGGCGCAGUCUGCGCAGCUGAAUAACCGUCAGUGA